CCUCAUCUGGCUCAGAGGAGAGAAUGUACAGGGAGACACUUAACGUCUGAUCAGCUGUAAAUAUUUGGACUUGUUGAUUGUGCUCGGAUUCGAUUUGAACCAAAUGCAGAGCUGUGUUUAGGAGACUCUACUGACUGCCACCGGUAAGCAAAUGCAGUACAUGAUGAGAUCCUUGCAGGACCUGAAGCAGAUAAGCAGGCCAAGGCCACUGAGUGAACCAUGUGCUCAGUCCUUCGCUGUAACACGGCUCUGCAAACAGAGGGCACAGCAAGAGCGACUCACUCGUCUAUGUGUUUCUGAUGCCAGUGAAGCCAGCACAUAUGACUCUGCAUGCUGCCUGGCCAGCACACUGGAAGAAGACGAAGAGCAGCAGGAACAUGAGCGGUUGACACAAGGCUCCCCAAGCAGUGAAAAGAGUCUGGACUUUGACUCGGGUUACUCUGAGGCUUCCUGGCAGGAUGAAGGUGUGGUGCUGAGGAGGACCAGAAAUGUGCGAGUCUCCUCUUCUGCCUGCCUCCGCACAAACAGAGGACCUUCUGGCCGAAUCAGGCCAAAAUCAACGUCGGACGCCUGUCUGGAGCGCUGGACGUCAUUUGAGGCCGGUGACCCAGAGGACUGGACAACAUCGCUGCUGAGCCGCAGCAGGAACAGACAGCCCCUGGUUCUCGGGGACAACAGCUUUGCUGACCUAAUAAAGAACUGGAUGGACCUACCAGAGAGUCCUGAGCCAGCAGAACUAAAGCCCAGUGCGGGUCGGCGCCUUGCCAAAGAUAUUUUGGUCAACAUGCGCCGCAAACUGGCAGGGAUGUCUAAAAGUGUGGAAGUGAGGCCAAGGCCAGCAGACUCCACAAGGGUCAGUAGGGCUGCUGAGGCUCCCAAACGGAUGUCUUGUCCUGUGGGACGCCAGGCUCUCAAACCUUUCUUUCACCAGUCCCACACAGGCCUGCAUCAACUGGACACUGACUUUUACCAGUUUACCGCACUCAUGAAGACAGGCAGCCGACAGCCCAUCAUAUGCAAUGACAUUAUUGGAUACAUUUAAGCGAGGCUGUAACUGCGGACUGACUCUUUAACACAAAUUAAAACAAGAUGGUUCUAUUUUCAUCACAGCAUUUUGUCCAUAAUGUUGAUAAAUCUGGAAUAAAAGUUUUUGGGAUUUAAUGAAAA